AUGCAGAAAUCUACAAACUCUGGUAUCUCCAUGGAAAUGCUGAAUCCCACCUGCCAAGGCACCGGAGCUGUGCAAAUGAGAAUCAAAAAUGCCAAUAGCCACCAUGACAGGCUGAGCCAAAGUAAAUCCAUGAUCCUCACUGAUGCUGGGAAGGUCACCGAACCCGUAUCCCGACAUAGACGGAAUCACUCACAACAUGUUUUGAAAGAUGUCAUUCCUCCACUGGAAACGGUGAUGGUUGAAAAAGAAGGUUAUCUUCAAAAAGCUAAAAUUGCAGAUGGAGGAAAGAAACUAAGGAAAAACUGGACUACUUCUUGGGUCGUUCUUUCUAGUCAAAGCAUUGAAUUUUACAAAGAAUCCAAGCAACAGGCCCCAUCUAAUACGAAAACUGGGCAGAAGCCAGAAAGUGUGGAUUUGUGUGGCGCACGUAUCGACUGGGCCAAGGACAAGUCAAGCAGAAAGAAUGUCUUUCAGAUCACAACAAUAUCAGGAAAUGAGUUUCUCCUACAGUCAGAUAUCGACUUCAUCAUAUUGGAUUGGUUUCACGCAAUCAAAAAUGCAAUUGACAGAUUGUCAAAGGAUCCAAGUAACCUAUCAAGAAACCUGAAAUUAUUCAAAAUCCAGAGAUCCUCUAGUACUGAAUUGCUAAAUCACUAUGAUAGUGGUAUAAAAGAACAGAAACCAGAGCACAGAAAAUCUUUAAUGUUCAGACUGCAUCACAGUGCUUCUGAUACAAGCGACAAAAACCGAGUUAAAAGCAGAUUAAAGAAGUUUAUUACCCGAAGACCUUCUCUGAAAACUCUGCAAGAAAAAGGACUUAUUAAAGAUCAAAUUUUUGGCUCUCAUCUGCACACAGUGUGUGAACGUGAAAAUUCUACAGUUCCACGGUUUGUAAAGCAAUGCAUUGAAGCUGUCGAAAAGAGAGGUCUAGAAGUUGAUGGAAUAUAUCGAGUUAGUGGGAAUCUGGCUACAAUACAGAAGUUAAAAUUUAUUGUCAACCAAGAAGAGAAGCUGAAUUUGGACGACAGCCAGUGGGAGGACAUCCACGUUGUCACCGGAGCACUGAAGAUGUUUUUCCGGGAGCUGCCUGAGCCGCUCUUCCCUUACCGCUUCUUUGAGCAGUUUGUGGAUGCGAUUAAAAACCAAGACAACAGCAAAAGAAUUGAAGCUAUAAAGUCUCUUGUGCAAAAACUCCCUCCGCCAAAUCGUGACACCAUGAAUGUUCUCUUCGGACAUCUAAAUAAGAUAGUGGCCAACGCCUCAAAAAACCUCAUGUCCACACAGAGCUUAGGGAUUGUGUUUGGACCCACCCUUCUGCGAGCUGAAAAUGAAAUGGGGGAUAUGGCGAUACACAUGGUGUACCAGAACCAGAUCGCAGAGCUCAUGCUGAGCGAGUACAGUCAGAUCUUCAGCUGAGAGGAAGACUGACAGACAAGACAAGUCACUGAAUGUGUUCACAUCUGUCUUGAUGCCUAAUAUUUUUACAUUUCUGUAAACAUAUUUCUGAAAUAUUUUUUUGCCUUUCAAGCGACAGAUGCCUCAUUUUGUGAAAACUUAAUGAUGAUUUUGUGUUUAAGUUCCAAACAUUUGAAUAAAAUAGUUG